AUGGCAGCCACCUUCGCCCGCCAUCACAACUUCGACCAAGUCCCCACGUACAAUCACGGUAACGCCAUCGCGAACCAACAGCCACCUUACGAUGCCUAUGCCGCGUCGCACCAUCAUGUCGCAGCCCGCCACAGCAACAUGGCAGCCUAUUGCGAGCCUACCACCGCCAACGCCCAACACGCUGCCAACGACACGCCUGGAAAGCGCGAAAGCUUCCAGCAUGGCUUAGCUGGCCAACAUCAUGACUACAGGAUCCACAGCCCUACAUCCGAAGCAUCCUACAUCGGCAUCCAGCACAAUUCGACACAAGCACCCCUAGACAAUGACGCGUCCGACCGUCAAUUCGCUAUGCUCCCGCCCUCCAACUCGAUACACCCUUCGUGGCAAUCCCUCCACGAUUAUGCGCAGUCGCACGCCGCGGAAAACGGAUAUGCGCUAUCUAUCAAUACGACGGCUAAGAACCGGUCGCGCAUCAAACUUGCCUGCGUCUGCUAUGGCCAGCCGAAGAACACCCACAAGCUUACAGCCGAGACGAGGGUUAGGAAGAACAGGGUCAGCUAUAAGACAGGAUGCAAGAUGUGGAUCGAAGGCAAGAAGCAGGACGACGGCACAUGGCUCUUGCGCGUGGGCGAACCACAACACAACCACCCCGGGCGCGAGAGUGCCGGAUGGGCUGUACAACGGAAGAGGACGUGGGGUGUAGUAGGAGGGCGCAUCGGGGUUGGAGGCGUAACAGCGAAGGAGGAACUUGCCAAGUCGAGCCUGACGCAAAAUCAGGAAACCCUCGAAGACGUGGACGCGGAAGCCGACGGCGACGAGGACACACCCAGCGCACCUACCCACGCCCCGAAGAAGCCACAACACAGCCUCGAGCGUGGAGGUCUCGUGUGGAGAAUCGUUGAACAGGAAAUGCUACGGAAAGGCGAGCCCAAUCAGGGCCGCGACCGAGGCGUAGGAAGGACAGUCGAGGUGCUACAAGCAAGACUACCGGGCAUACACAUUUUCAAGCGCGACGUAUACAACAUCCGAGCGCAGAUAAAGCGAGCACGGAAAGCGGCGGGCCAACAAGUCGGCGACGGCCUCAACAGCUCAGACGACGAAGCUGAGGGUGAAGCCGAAGCCGAUAUCCACGAUACCGUCCAUACCGUACAACUCAACGCUGACACCAGCACAAACCAUCCGAUUCAACGACCCGCUCCACACUCACAAAACACAUAUCACCACCCCACAUCCCACACCCUCAAACCGCCCGCGCCCUUCCCACUCGUCCGAAAAGAUUCACGCAUCGAUCCUUUGCUCGAUAGUCGCGGUCCGCCGCCACCGAAUCCUCCCGAGGCCGUCGAUAUAGAAGUCGACCAGUUGAGGCGGGAAAAUGCAGAGCUAAGACGCAUGUUGACGGAGCGGACGAAGCAGGUCAAAGAGAAGACUACGGAGUUGGCGGAGAGGGCGAAGGAGAUCAAGGAUAAGACGACUGAGAUGGCGGCGCUGAAGAGUCAGGUUGAGCUGUUGAGUAAUAUGAUGAUGACGAGUGGGAGGGGGUUAAUUGGGGGGUAG